AUGCAGCGAUUCUUCGCAUCGACUAUGAAUAUCUUUGUGUUCACAAUAAUCAAGCAGCUUGGCACAGGUAUCAUGAUUGCAACUGCUUUCAUCCAUCUCCUAACACACGCGGAACUCAUGUUUGGCAACCAAUGCCUUGGCACUCUUCAAUAUGAAGCCACCGCGACAUCCAUCUUCAUGGCCGGCCUAUUCAUAACCUUCUUGAUCGAAUAUUUCGGAAAUAGGAUAGCCUUGUCACGCGGUAAGAAGCAUCCUCAGGGAGACGAUAUGGAACCUUCCGCGACUUCUAGCCACACCGGCCCAGUAUCAGGAACAAAAACUGGGUUAGAUUCAGCAAUUGCAAACCUGGGUCACAGUCAUGGCCAUCAAGGUUUCCCGGACGAUAAGAUUAGCGUUUUUCUCAUGGAAGCGGGCAUCGUUUUCCACUCAGUCAUCCUCGGUGUCACACUGGUAGUCUCAGGUGAUUCAGGAUACACUGCUCUAUUCAUUGUGAUAAUCUUUCAUCAGAUGUUUGAGGGCCUGGCUCUGGGCUCCCGAAUCGCUGAUCUAGCCAACACGAACAUAUCUACCAAACUUGUCAUGUCCUCUAUAUUUGCCCUCAUCACACCUCUGGGUAUGGCCAUUGGUCUAGGCGUCCUUCACUCAUUCAAUGGCAAUGAUAAAAGCACUAUCGUUGCCAUAGGUACCCUCGACGCAUUCUCUGCUGGUAUACUUGCGUGGGCUGCCAUCGUUGAUAUGUGGACUCACGACUGGCUUCAUGGAGAUCUCAAAGAUGCUAGUAUUGGCCGAAUGAUGACCGGUCUACUGGCUCUCAUCAGUGGUAUGGUUUUGAUGGGAGUCUUGGGUAAAUGGGCAUGA